GAAAAACCUGGGAUUUCUUCUUGUUUCACCAUCUUUCUAAGCUCUUCUUCUUCUUCGAAGAGCAAUGAAUGAUCAGAGUCUUUUCUGUCACUGACUCGUGGCCAGCAGCAGAGGCCACUGCCCUAACCCAACUUUGGGGUGGCAAAGGUGCCAGUUCUCCAGGUUUUCUGUGCACGGCGAACUGUGGGGGUCCAUCCCCACUUUGGUUGGGGACAGAAGAGGCGAAAGCAUGGGUGAUUGCCGGAAGGCCCUCUCACUCGGUUUGCCAAGUGUCUGAUGUGGUUUCUUGAGACCGAUGCCCCACGAUAAUGUCAACAAUUAUCAUGCUUGCUUCCCGGAAAGCAACUUCCUACCGACGCUGCUGGCUUCUUUCGAGUUGCUUACCGAGCAGCUGUUGUUGUUGUUGACAUCACAGCUGCUGGUUGUAUUGUGGAAGUCUUCUUCUUCUUCUUCUACACACAAAGAUUGAUGGUCCAUAAAUUUUCCUAUCAAUGAUUAAGAAAAUUUAUGACAGCUUUCCAUGCCGUGUUCAUGAGAGAUGCCGAAUUCAUUGCACUUCCAAUAUUAGCCGAAGAAUAUGUGGAAUGCAUGACUCUGAGCUCCAUGAUUGAAUCAUAAAGCUCAAGAUGUUGAAGAUGGCAGGAGCUGCUCAUUUUCACAAGCACAAUCCAAACAUUUUCAUCUCGCCUUACUAGAAAACUUCUCUUCAACGAAGUCUUUCUGUACAAUAAUUGCUUGCUUUGGGAGGCAUUAAAGGUAUGGACUAAAUACGAAGCCAGCCUCGGCCUUGUGCGUCCACAGCCGUCCAUCACUUUGAACCCGAAUCUUGAAGCGCAAGAACACCGUCGGAUUGCCGCCGGGUUCUAAUAAGAGGAAGGUUAACGUGGCAUCAGAACGGUUCAAAUCUCGAGACCUCUCGCUCGCUCCCCCUUCGACCAAGUCCUCGUUGCUCGUUCUUCCCUCCGACGCAAGGAUUCCUUCUCCUUGGAUCGCGAACUCGCUUUGCAGUUCCCGGAUUGGAAAGGGAAAGCGAUGCCUAUCUUGUAGCCGGUGGAGAUCUUUACUCGUGGAGCGCCUCAUAGGGGCGGCUUCCCUGAUCUGGUAGCUCGGUGGGAUUCGCUGUCGGCGUGGCCCGAGAUUGGGGGGUACAAGUGAGGAGAUGGGGGCGUCCUUCCGAAACUUGGCGUUUUGGGUGGUGGUCCUGGGCUUCUUCUUGGCGUCCGCUGCUGCUUCUGAUCCGGACGAUUUCCGCCGAGCGUUUCCCAUUGUGGAGCCAGAUUCUGAACAUACUAAAAUCCGUCUUGCAAGAGAGGGUUUGGAGGCAAUCCAAAGAAUUACAAACCCUAUAGCUGUUGUUGCUGUUAUUGGACCAUAUCGCUCAGGCAAAUCCUUUCUUCUCAACCAACUUCUCUCCCUUUCAUGCGACGAAGGUUUUGGGGUUGGACAUAUGCGUGAUACUAAAACCAAAGGAAUGUGGGUUUGGGGUACACCAGUGGACUUAGAUGUUGAUGGAACAAAAGUAUCUAUCUUGUACCUUGAUACAGAAGGAUUUGAAAGCGUUGGAAAAUCAAAUGUAUACGAUGAUAGGAUAUUUGCUCUGGCUACAGUUAUGAGCUCUGUGCUCAUUUAUAAUCUCCCUGAGACGAUUCGUGAGGCUGAUAUAUCUCGGCUAUCAUUUGCUGUUGAAAUUGCAGAAGAGUUUUAUGGAAGGGUAAAGGGGCAAGAUGUUGCAUUUGAGCCUGCUAAGCUCUUGUGGCUUAUCCAACGGGAUUUCCUGCAAGGAAAGUCUGUUCAAGAAAUGGUGAAUGAAGCCCUUCGGCGGGUACCUAACAAUAAUGGAGACAGAAACAUUGAUCAGGUUAACCAAAUUCGAGACUCCUUGGCAAUAAUGGGUGACAAUAGUACUGCCUUUAGCUUACCACAGCCUCAUCUUCAAAGGACAAAACUUUGUGACAUGAAGGACAGUGAGCUGGAUCAAUUGUAUGUGGAAAAGAGGGAGCAGUUGAAACAACUUGUUGCAACCAUCAUACGUCCAAAAAUUAUCCAGGGAAAACCUCUAAACGGAAAUGAGUUUGUAGCUUUCCUAGAGCAGAUUCUUGAAGCCUUAAAUAAAGGAGAAAUUCCAUCCACAGGUUCUAUCGUUGAAGUAUUCAAUAAGGUGAUUCUUGAGCGUUGCUUGAAAUUAUACAGUCAACGAAUGGACAUUAUGCGGCUACCAAUACAAGAAAACAGGCUGCAAGAAGUUCAUGAAGAAUCAAAGGCUGAAGCAAAAAAGUUGUUUGAUCGGCAGCGUUUUGGUCGGCAUCAUGCUGAACAAUCUAUUGUGAAACUUGAUGAUGAAAUACAAAAGGUUUACAGAACGUUUCUCCUGGAAAAUGAAUAUCAGUCAUCAAAAUUAUGUGAAGCCAAAUACACAGAGUGUGAGGAUAAAAUGGAUCACCUUCAAGUCAUGAGACUUCCUUCCAUGGCAAAAUUCAAUGCUGGUUUUCUUCAGUGCAAUGAAACUUUUGAAAGACAAUGUGUUGGGCCUUCGAAAGAAUUAUAUAAACAGAAGAUGAUGAAGAUGCUUGGGAAAUCCCGAUCACUUUUCAUCAAGGACUACAAUGAUAGACUCUCAAAUUGGUUGGUGAUUUUCUCACUUACUGUGGCUAUGGUGGGCCGGUUUAUCAUCAAGUUUUUUUUGUUGGAGAUUGCUGGCUGGGCAAUGUUUAUUUUCUUAGAAACAUAUACAAGAAUGUUCUGGUCAUCGGAAUCAAUGUACUAUAAUCCUUCUUGGCAUGUAAUCGUAUCUACAUGGGAGACUAUAGUUUACAGCCCUUUUCUUGAUUUGGACAGAUGGGCAAUUCCAAUUGGUAUAUUGCUGUUGGUCCUGCUCCUGUAUUGGCGGUGUUGUGGUAGUAGGAAGCCUGGAUCUCAUUGGCUCUUGCCACUGUACAAUAACCGCCAUAGAGAUGGUGACAGUCGUCCAAGAUCAGAUUAAAUGAAGACUGAGUCCCCAUGAUGCUCAACUGCUCGGCCUUCUUAACCUAGUGAAUCUGUGUCACAUUCACAGUAGACAGGCUUUCUUUUGGUGAGCCUGGCCUCACAUCAUUUCUGGCAUGCAGAAGAAGGUGGCAGAUGAAAAGCUUCAAAACAUUCAGUUACUCAAUUUGCAGGUCACUUGACAGAUGAAUGUUUACUGUAUAUUCACCAUUUUCGUGCUACCCUGUAUCCAAAUCCUAUCAUCUUUCUCAUUGUUAUUUUCAUUAUCUGGAACCCUGAAUGAUUUGACAUUUGGACUAAGAAAACUAGCUAAAUCAUUCGGUGGCUGCCCAAUCGAUGGCUGCCUGGGAAGUCCACAGCAACUGUCAACUGUGGAAGCUCUUCUUUCGGCAUAUAUCUGUAUCUGAUUUCAGUUAGAGGUUCAAUCUGUAUGGAAACAACUCUAAUUGUUCGACUUUCUUUGUGGAAAUGUGAACCCAUGCCAAAGUGUACAUUGGUGAAUGCAGUUCUAAUUUUCAUUUAGACAUUAACUUGUUUCAA